CUUGGGGCAAAACUGUAAAUAACUAAAUAUAUCAGAGCUGUCUUCCUGAUCAUUUUCCCGCCGGAAUUUCAAAAAACAAAAUCUCCUCUUUGUGGUCCUUCUUUAGGGUUUUCCAAUAUUCACGUUUCCCUUCCUCUGUCUUCCCUGUGUAUGAAUCCAACAUCAACAUCGCCAGAAAAUGACUACUCCCAUGGAGAUCACUACGCAAAAUCCCACAGAGACCCACUUCUCCGAGCAAAACGGCGUUGCACAAGCACAGCUACCUGACUCUUCUUCCAUUCUCGGCCAGGACAAAUUUCUCGUUUCUGUUGAAGUUUGCUUAAAACCCUCGAGCACAGCUCGAGUUGAAGAUGUCCGCUGCGCCGUUGAAAGAAUGCUUGAAAAGAGGAGUUUAAGCUAUGUUGAUGGACCGAUUCCAGUGCCUGCCGAUGAUCCCUUUCUUGCACAAAACGUACAAAGAAUAUGUAUUUGUGACACGGAUGAAUGGGCAAAGAAACAUGAGAUUCUUUUGUUUUGGCAGGUCAAACCAGUUGUACAUGUCUUUCAGCUUAGUGAGGAAGGACCAUGUGAGGAAUUAAGUGGGGAUGGUCAACUUUCUACCUUCAAUGAAUGGAUUCUUCCUGCAAAGGAAUUUGAUGGCAUGUGGGAAAGCCUAAUUUAUGAGUCUGGUCUCAAGAAAAGGUUGUUGCGUUAUGCAGCGAGUGCACUACUCUUCACAGAGAAGGGUGUUAACCCUUUCCUUGUGUCAUGGAACAGAAUUGUUCUUUUAUAUGGGCCACCAGGGACUGGGAAAACGUCUUUAUGUAAAGCAUUGGCUCAAAAGCUGUCAAUACGUUUUAACUCCAGAUAUCCUCAGUGCCAAUUGGUGGAAGUUAAUGCACACUCUCUAUUUAGCAAAUGGUUCUCUGAAAGUGGCAAGUUGGUUGCAAAGCUUUUCCAGAAAAUUCAAGAAAUGGUUGAAGAAGAAAACAAUCUGGUAUUUGUUUUAAUUGAUGAAGUUGAAAGCCUUGCUGCUGCAAGAAAAGCUGCUUUGUCUGGUUCUGAACCUUCUGAUUCUAUUCGAGUUGUCAAUGCACUACUAACUCAGUUGGACAAAUUGAAAUGCUCGCCAAAUGUGAUUAUCCUGACUACCUCUAAUAUAACUGCUGCUAUAGAUAUUGCAUUUGUGGAUCGAGCUGAUAUCAAAGCUUAUGUUGGUCCUCCAACUCUUGAAGCUCGUUAUGAAAUUCUAAGGUCUUGCUUGCAGGAACUCAUACGAACUGGAAUCAUAUCAAAUUUCCAGGACUUUGACAACCUCGUACUUCCAAAUUAUUCAACCUUGAAAGAGAAAUUGAAUGCAGCUGAUAUUCAAGAAGGUCAGGCGCCAGUGGACUUAUAUAAACAAUUGCUUGAAGCUGCACAGGCAUGCGAGGGACUAAGUGGAAGAUCAUUAAGAAAACUCCCAUUUUUGGCACAUGCAGCUCUUUCAAACCCAUGUGGCUGUCACGCAAAUAAGUUCUUGUCAGCAAUGAUAGACACAGCAACGAGGGAGCGUUCUGAGCUGCUCGAUUGAUUUUUUAUCCCAUGUAAAUUGUAAGAGAUGUUCAAUGCUAACCCAUCCAGAAAGAAGCCUAUUUUUCUACGCUACGCGGUGUCUCAAAAAUCAAAAUCAUAAGCAAGCGUAGGAGGUUUUUAGCCCUUUCUUAUGUAAGGAUGAGCAUCCCGUACACUGCCAGCAUUUUGUAGAAUUUUUUUUAUCUAUAUAUAAAAAAGCCACAAAUGGAAACGAAAAACAAAUGGCAUGUGAUGAUGUGAUAUAGUUGAAUGUCCGAAGCAAUAACUUAUUUCUUUCAA